AGGUGCAUCUACAAUGAAUGGUGAUGAUAGUUCAGUUAAUGAUCUGGAAGGUUGUUGUAGAUAUAGUACAAGCAAAGCUGGUAUGGAAGGUUUAGAUAAAGCCACAAUUAUGAAUAUUAUAUUGGAGAAUUCGAAAGGGUCAAAGUUUUAUGAAAAUGAACUGAGGCGAGAAAAAGCUCUUCGUCAACAAAUUGAACAAAAGCUUAAAGUUAUAAAAUCACUUACACCGGCGAUGUUAAAAAGUGGGGAAUUAGAAGCAGAUCACAUACUGAAAGAUUUAAGACAGAAACGACGUUUUUCUCGAUUCAUUGUACAUGUGGACAUGGAUGCAUUUUAUGCAGCUGUUGAAAUACGUGAUCAACCCGAACUUAGACAUCAUCCAGUUGCUGUCGGUAGUAACAGUAUGCUAUCUACAAGCAAUUAUAUCGCUCGGCGAUUUGGUGUACGUGCUGGUUUACCUGGAUUUUUAGGCAAAAAACUUUGUCCUCAAUUGAAAAUUAUACCAUGUGAUUUUGUAAAGUAUACUGCAGCUAGUCGUGUAGUACGAUCUAUUUUAAUGGAAUACACUGUUUCUGCUGGGAGUGCACGAAAUUCCUGUGAGUCAGAUAAUAUUCCAUUUUCGGCGGUCAGUUUAGAUGAAGCGUAUCUAGAUAUAACAGAUCAUUUGGUAGACCGUUGUGAUUUUCCUGUUGAACGACGUACAUUUUGGCCUAGACCAGCACCUGGAGCACCUAUGCUGGUUUGUCGUUGUCGGUCACGUUCUAAAAAUCCACAAUCUCAUAAUUUGAAUAGUAGCUGCACUGAUAACCAACCCGAAAUGCUUAUAGAUGAUAAUUCUGAGAGUAAUUCUAAUUCUUGUCAAGAAACAGAUAAAUCAUCUGAUAAGCAAUCUGUACCUAUAAUAAAACCGAAAUAUUCUGAUCCUGACUUAGCUGUGUGCAUUGAAUGUGGAUUACUUUGUAAAUCUGGUCGUCGAAUAUUUGGUUUAUCAGCUUGGGAAGCUGUUCGAGAAAUGCGAUUUCGUGUUUUUUGUGCAACACGUCUUACUUGUAGUGCUGGUCUCGGUCCGAAUACACUGAUUGCGAAAAUCGCCUCCGAUUGGAUAAAACCAUGUGGGCAACAUGAAAUCGCUAACACAUUAGAAGCUGUCGAUAAAUUUAUGCAAGCUAUGCCCGUGAGAAAAGUUCCAGGGAUUGGACAUGUUACAGAACGUCGACUAGAUGCAUUUGGAAUUAAAACAUGUGCUGAUUUAAUUGAUAAACGUGGUUUACUCUGGCAUGUAAGCACUAAAAUAUCAAUGGUUUACUACAUGCGUAUUGCGUUAGGACAUUCUGACGAUCGUUGGUUAAUUAAUGUAAAAAAUCAUUUUGAUGAAAAGUCAAAUAAACCUUUUGGAUUUAUUGAUAAUGAUGCAGAAAAUAGCGUUCCUUCUGCACAAGGUCAAGUAGAAUUGAAUAGAAAGAGUAUGAGUGUAGAAAGAACAUUUUCAGAUACAUCCGAUGAAAAUGAAUUAAUGCAUCGUUGUGAACAACUUGCUCAAAUGUUAUCAACUGAUUUAAAAGAGGAACAUGUCAAAGGUCAGUUAAUCACACUUAAAAUGAAAUUAGAUACAUUUGAAAUUCGAACAAGAUCACAACUCCUACCAGAUUACACUAAUCAUACAGAGAUUAUCAAUUCAUUUGGUCGUGAAUUAUUGCGUGAAGAAAUGGUAGGGUUUAAAUCGAAUACAACUGCGAAUAAACCACUUACUUUACGUCUUAUGGGCUUACGCAUGUCCAACUUAUUACCAGUGGAAAUGUGUCCACAAAUUCGUCAACGUAGUGUUGAGGAAGCUUUUAUGUUUGCAAUGACAAGCAAUAAUACUAGUCCUGAAAAAAAUCCCAGUACAAUCUCUAAAACUCUGCUACACACAGAAACAUCUAUUAAAUCGCUUAACACGAUAUCUUCACCUAAAUCAGUUGAAUCAACUAAAAAUAAACUGAAAAAGUUAACAAAAUCCAGUCAGAAAAAUGAUAAAAAGAAAACGAUCGGUUGUAAUUCUUCUUCACUGAUUACACAAUGGACUAAACCUUCUCCAUUAAGUAGAGUUAAUGAUGCUAGUUCACCAUCUUCGUCUAUCUCAUUAAAUUUAUCGCUUGAACCAUCAUUAUCGUCGUUGGCAUCAGCCUCAUCUUCUAAUAACAAUACUGGUAACUUUUUUACAUGUCCUGUCUGUGAAAGAGAUUUUCAAUUUUCUUCAGAAGAUAAGUUCAAUUAUCAUUUGGAUGAGUGUUUAAAUAGAUCAACUAUUUUAGAAGUAGUCAAAGAGACUUUAAUAAAUCAUCAAUUAACUGAUAGAGAUUAUUGUACAACUACAUCACAGUCUAAUCACUUGAAUUCAUCAUCACAUGAUAUUGGUAUUCGAAAGGCAAAAUUGCCAAAACUUGAAGUUAAACAAUCCAAAAAUAGUAACAUAUCAACAACAAAGUCAAUGACGACGGCAACAGCAACAACAACUUCUCAUGGACCUCUUGAUAAAUUUAUAUUUAAUUCAUCUACUGUACAUUUUGAUUAGAAUUAUAUAUGGAAUUCCCAGAAUAGAAAAUCAUUUACUACUUAUUCAUUGUAAUUAUUAAUUAUUUGAAUAGUUUCAAUCGUUAAAAUAAUUUACAAAUUCUAUAUUAUUUUUCUUAUUGUUGUCUUCCAUGAACUAGGCGUUGAACCAAAUGUGAAAUAGUUCAUUUAUAUUUUAGAGUUAAGAUUAAAAUAAACACUGAGUUUCUUUCAUUUAUACAUCCAACAUUGACAGUAAUUUUUCAUGUUUGAUUUUAUUCAUAUUUUUGUUUCUUUUUCUGAUAUUAAGUCGAUAGAAAGUCAUCAAUAAUUUCUACUGAUUAGAUUUCUAUUUUCAUAUUAUUUACCAACGAUAUUUAUGUAUAUAAUAUUUUAUUACACAUUUACAAAUAAAUUUUUCUACUGAUCUGGUUCAUAUUUAUACAUAUACUGAUAGUCAGUCAGUCAGCUAUAACGUAGGACCUGGCAUAUAUAUGCAUCGGUCCAAGUUGCCAUACUGCAUUAGCACAGCAUGUUGAACACCGGAUUCAUAGAAGUAGUUAAGCCAAUGGUGGUAAUAUAUAAAAGAAAGAACGCAUAUAAGGAUAUAGUACAGGAAGAAAGAAUUAGUU